CUGUCAGAAUCGCAACUGUCAGUGCUAUCGGCUGAUAUUGUAGAUGUCGAUCGAAUUCGUAUGUUAUUCUAAUAAAAUGUAUUUUAUCGAAUAAUAUAAACACAGCCAUGGACGAAAACGAGUUCUUCAGACAGACUGUGCAACAUCUUGCGCGAUGUUUAUCCAGUAUAAACCCUACGCCAUGGGAGAAGGUGAACACGCUAUUCAUGUUAUGUCCGCAAGCCAGCUCAUCACUGGUCAUAACUCCUCGCAGUCAGGAGGCAUCCAUAGCUCUCGGUCUGUACUUCCUCCAAAGCAACUUGCAGCACCAGGACAAACUCCUGCCAUACUUCUUAAAAGUCCUCAAAUGUUUGUCUACCGCAAAGUUUGAGGAGCCACUGUGCAGAAUAAAAAAUGGGGACCGUAUACCAAUGUCCGAGAAAUUCAGUUUUUGCCUCAACACUCUCCUCUCCGAUGUUGCUACAAAGCAACCGUCACUCCGAGAGGAAAUCAUCACUGCUCAAAUCGAGCUCAUGUCCAGCCUUACGAAGAUCAUAAUGACAUGUCAUGAGAACAAAGAUUACGCAAGCAUAAUAACAAAGUUACAGCUCUGUAAAAGCACUAUACCAGUUCUGGUAGGGUUGGCAAGGUCCAUGGGCCGGUAUGCGACAGUCGACCCGCCUCUCCUCUGCCGCCUCUUCCCCCAACCCCCAAGUCCAGUCAAAACUAAGGAACCAGAACCAAACUUUGAGUAUUCCACUCUGGAUAAGAAGAGGAAGUUCAACCAGUUUCGACCGAUCAUCCCCAGAUCGUUGUCGGGAAAUUUGAAUCCGAAUAACGAGAAUAUUUUCGAAAGUGGGACGGACCUUGAUGGCACCGGUACUCUGAAGAGGGGGUCCCUCCAUAGUUACAAUUCUGUUCCGUACGACCCUACAACAUAUUUCUUCCAUAAGUUUGGAUCCAGUUUCAACCAGUUUCCGUACAUGAGGUUCUCAGAGUCUCCUGAAAAGAGGAUUAAUGUGCAGUUUUAUGUGACGUAUCUCCAGUCUAUAUUGUCGCUGGCUAAAAAGAUGCUGACCAAAGAUUUGCUGGCGUUUUUGGACGAGGAGGCGGAGGAUAUUUAUGCUUCGGGUCAAAUUCAAGUGUUCCCAUACAAAUCAUUUUCGGAGACAUUGAACCUGGUUAUGGUGACGCUUCUGAGAGAACUACUUCAGCAUCAGAAGGAUUUGCCAGGACCCUUCACCAAAGAUGUUCAGGAAUUCGUGAAAUGUCUGUUCCUAAGUGGUCAGACGGAACUCCAAAGCCGUCAUCACGAUGCUUCAGAGAGAGAAGACCGCGAGAGCAACUUCGCAACUGUGAACAAAUUCAAAGUUAAUGUAAUGGCGAAUUCGGCCUGCGUCGACCUACUUGUGUGGGCUAUUGGUGACGAAACAGUUGACGAAGACUAUCACGUGCCAGCUCUUAUAAACGCUCUAACAAUAUUAAUAGGUGCUGACUCAUUGUGUGGACGUUUGACGGAGAAGAUAAACUCGAAUCAUAAUCACAAGUUGAUACUGGCCCAUAUGCCUUUGUUGAUGGUCUGUCUUGAAGGCUUAGGUAAAUUAGCAACGAAGUUCCCGACUAUAGCGAACACUUCUAUCUACUGUCUUCGAGACUUUCUGGUGACUCCAUCACCAAUACUCUUCAAGCUUCACAAGUUGGAGCUCGAGAAGACUGGCAAAGAACACAUGAAGGUCACAUUGCAAGGCAAAGAACUACAGGGUCUCACGGAAAGCGGUGUUCCAGUUAAAUCUACGCCAUUCGAGAAGCUUCGGGACGCCGCGAUAGAGAACCUGUGCGUGGCGCUGGAGGCCGCGCUCACUGUCGACCCCUACUGCGUGCCCGCGCUAGUGGGCAGCGUCAGCAACAGGCUGUUCACUGCUGAGACCAGCGAUAGUGAAUCUUCCCUCAUCAGUACAAACAUAGUGAUCAUGUUGGGUCACGUGGCCGUAGCUCUCAAAGACACGCCGAAGACUACUGACACCAUACUACAGUUCUUCCAACAAAGUCUGUACACCAGGCUGUGCCGGGCUCCAUCAUCGCUGGACACUCUCAUAGUGGAUCAGCUCGGUUGUAUGGCGCUGGCCAGUCCUGAGGGACCUGCGCAUGAUGAGAUCAUGCGGAUGUUCACGGUCAUCACGGUGGAGGCUGCCAGUGCCGCGUAUCAUCACACUGAUGAUAGGAAGCAGUAUAGGCACGUAUCUGGCGCCGUAUUGAAUGCGCUCGCGAACAUAGCGGCGAACGUACGCGGUACCACAGCUAGACUCGAACUGCUGACUCGUCUGUUAGAGUUGUUCGUACAACUGGGCUUGGGAGGAGAGAGGGCGACAGACCGGUCACCAGCCCCCGUGCUCAAGGCGUCCGGCAGUGCGGGCAAUCUUGGUGUACUUAUACCUGUUAUUGCGGUUCUCGUAAAACGCCUACCGCCUAUCAAGAACCCAAAGCCGCGACUCCACAAGUUGUUCAAAGACUUCUGGCUGUACUGCGUCGUCAUGGGUUUCACCGCGGCUGAAUCAGCUAUGCGAAAGCGCUUAUGGCCGCAAGAAUGGUACGCUGGUGUAAAAGAGAUAGCAGUAAAAUCUCCUUUCCUUGUCUCGCAAACGUCGUUACGAUCAGAAAUGCGCGAGCUUCAAUACACGUCCGCUGUCCGCAACGACUCUGUAUCAAUUAACGAGUUGCAAGAGUUAAAAACUCAGAUUUCGAAUUUGUUGGAUCACCCGCCCGAAGUGACGGUAGUCGUCAAUAAGCUGACGUUCGCGCCGUGCAUGUAUCUGCUGAGCGUUUAUUGGCUGGAGACGUUGAGAGUAUCGAACUCUCCGGAGCCAAGUUUACAACCGAUAAUAGAGUAUUUAAGCGAUUCAGCGCUACAGAAGGACAAGACCGGUAUGUGGCAAUGUGUGGCAAGCGUCGGUGACAAAGUAUUCCAGAAGUUUCUAGACGUUAUGUCAGACAAGGUCAAGGACGAAUCUCGCGAGAGGGAGCUGGAGGGUCACGCGCAGUUCUUGCUCGUGAACUUCAAUCAUAUACACAAGCAGAUCAGGCGGGUCGCUGACAAGUGGCUCGCAGGGCUGGUCGACAGGUUCCCGCAUCUGCUGUGGAACUGUAGGGUACUAUGGUCCAUGUUGGAUAUACUCCAAGUAUUAAGCUUCAGUUUAGAACUAGAUGCUAAUCAAGAAACGCCAUUACUAAAAGUACCGGGAACCGACUUCACUUUACAAUUACAAGACACAUUAGAAGGCAGAGAGUGUAUUGUAAAAGAUUUCGCCGACCGUUGCCACGGCAUAGUGCAGGAGGCAAUGAAAUGGGCGCCACAGUCAACACGGUCGCAUUUACAAGAAUAUCUUAAUCAGGUCCCCAACUCGACCCUGUGGCACCACUGCGGGCUGGCCCUGGCCACGGGCGCGCUGCUGGGCGCGGCGGGGCUCAACCGCAUGUCGGCCCCGCUGCCGCGCGCCGCGCUCGAGAAGCGCCCGCCCUGCGUCACGCAGGACUCCGCCGCACUACUCGCUGUCGUGUCGCAGCGCAGUCGCUAUGCGGGUGAAAUCUCCGGCGCGGUGAACGCGGAGGGCGGCGGCGAGGCGGCGGUGUGGCGCGUGGGGGCGCGGCUGCACGCGGCGCUGCGCGACGCCUGCGUGAGCGGCAGCGAGACCUCGCACCGCGCGGCGCUGUGGCGCGCCACGGCGCUGCUGGUGCACGCGCGCCACCACUCGCCGCACGCCGCGCACUCGCACACCGCGCCCACCGCGCGCGGCCUGCUGCACUCCGUGGCGUGGUCCCAAGUGGAGAUCUUCACCGAAGACGCAGUAACCACAGCAGUGGAGUGCUGGCAGUGGUUGACGACCUCCCGCCCUGACUUGGAGAUCAGGUUGACUCAGGAAAUCUUCUCCGCUUGGCAAUGCACUGUGGACAGAAAGAUGGGGCUGUUCUCCAGGGAGAACGAUGAGAUUAGCCCGUUGGCUGCCCAUGAAGGUGCUAAGCUAGAGCCUAGACCGCCAUUCGUUGCGCCCCACGCAGUAUGGGUUCGAUACUUGUGCGAGGUCGCCGAGACAGCCAAGUAUAACAGCCUGGAGAAGGUGGAAAUGUUGGCCAGUUUGCUGCAUAGGUCCCUGCCUAUAACAGUAGGUGACGUACGGGACCACAUUAACAGGCACGUUGAAGCUGUCGGUGUUCGAUUCAGGCUGUUAUCCUGCGGCCUAUCCCUCCUGCAAGGCGACAUCCUCCCGCGGUCUAUCGCUCGCAACAUCCUCCGCGAGCGAGUGUACAGCGCCUGCCUGGACUACUUCUGCCGCGGCCUGCAGUGUCCCGCUAAGGGGUCCAGUGCGUUGCGAGAGGAUAUCAUCUCGCUCACCAAGUUCUGGCAGCUCAUGCACUCCGAUAAGAAGUAUUUGAAGAGCAGUGAUAUUGGGGGUGAGUUCGAGCUGAUGGGUCCGAGCAGUCAACAAAGUGUGUACACAUCCAACUCGCCGACUGACAACCGUUCAUCAGUCAACAGCAGCGAUAUAGGAAGCCGACAGACUACGGGAUGGAUUAAUACUGUACCGAUGUCAACAACCAACCUGAGCAGUGGCGCAGGCAGUAUUACUGGCAAGCGAUCAAACCGCAGCGUCAAACCCGCCACCAAAACACAGGACACCUUCGUUAAAGACUACGUCAGGAAAAGGAACCUCAUUCUGGAACUUAUGGCAGUUGAGAUAGAGUUCCUGGUGACCUGGCACAACCCUCACAGCCGGCCCGAGCAGGCUGUCCCGGGGGAAGACAACAUCGCCACGUGGCGCUCCAAGCCAAACACGGAUCGCUCCUGGCGUGACCAGGCCAAGCUUGCCUGGGAUAUAAGUCCCACGCUAGCCGUGUUCCUGCCUGAGAGAUUGAAAAACGAGGGCAUAGUAAUGGAAAUCCGUCGUAAAGUGCAAGCGCAGCCGACCGCCGUGUGUCACAUACCGCAGGCACUCAAGUACCUAGUCACUACUGAGACACUGCUGAAUGAUGCUCAUGAGCUCGUCCACAUGAUAACGUGGGCCCGCGUGACCCCAGUAGAGGCCCUCUCGUACUUCAGCCGGCAGUACCCGCCGCACCCGCUGUCCGCGCAGGCCGCCGUCAGCACUCUGACGUCAUACCCCUCCUCCGCCGUACUGCUGUACAUACCGCAGCUGGUGCAGGCCUUGAGACACGAUACUAUGGGCUACGUAGCGGAACUGAUAAAGUCUUUAGCGAAGAAGUCACAAGUCGUGGCUCAUCAGCUGAUAUGGAAUAUGCACACAAACAUGUACACAGACGAGGAAAUGCAUAAUAGGGACCCUGCCCUCUACGACAUUCUAGAAGGUCUGACUAAGAACAUAGUGGACGGUCUCUCGGGCCCCGCGAAGGCAUUCUACGAACGAGAGUUCGACUUUUUCAGCCAGAUCACGAAUAUAAGCGGUAUCAUACGACCGUUCCCGAAGGGGGCCGAGCGGAAACGAGCGUGUUUGGAUGCGCUGAAGAAUGUUAAGGUGCAACCAGGUUGCUACUUACCAUCAAACCCAGAUUCGAUGGUUCUUGAUAUCGACUACAAGAGCGGUACACCUAUGCAGAGUGCUGCGAAGGCUCCCUACCUAGCAAGGUUCAGGGUUCGGAAGUACGGUAUAGAUGAGAUGGAAUCAGUAGCUAUGGCGAUCUCGGCUGGAGAGGAACCGCCCACGUGUCUACAAAUAUACUUUAACAAGAAGCGUCGAUCAACUGAUUUCGAGGAAGGUAAAGACAGGUUCACGGGCAUCGCGUCCGAGGUCUGGCAGGCGGCCAUCUUUAAAGUGGGCGAUGACGUCAGACAGGACAUGUUGGCCCUACAAGUGAUCUCCCUCUUCAAGAACAUCUUCCAACAAGUCGGCCUGGAUCUGUACUUGUUCCCGUAUAAAGUUGUUGCUACUGCGCCUGGGUGCGGUGUGAUAGAGUGCGUCCCUAACGCGAAGUCACGUGACCAGCUCGGCAGACAGACCGACAUCGGCAUGUACGAGUACUUCAUCAAGAAGUACGGAGACGAGACCAGUCGAGAGUUCCAGGCUGCUCGUCGUUGCUUCGUAACUUCAAUGGCCGCGUACAGUGUGAUCGGGUUCCUGCUGCAGAUCAAAGACAGGCAUAACGGCAACAUCAUGUUGGACACAGAUGGACACAUCGUGCACAUAGAUUUCGGCUUCAUGUUCGAGUCGUCCCCCGGCGGUAACCUAGGCUUCGAGCCUGACAUCAAGCUGACUGACGAGAUGGUGAUGGUGAUGGGCGGCAAGAUGGAGGCGCCGCCCUUCCGCUGGUUCUGCGAGCUCUGCGUGCAAGCCUUCCUAGCUGUCAGACCUUACCAAGAAGCAAUCAUAUCGAUGGUCUCUCUAAUGCUGGACACCGGUCUCCCCUGCUUCCGAGGGCAGACCAUUCGUCUCUUGCGAUCCCGCUUCGCCCCGAACUCCACCGAGCAAGAGGCAGCCGCCUACAUGCUCUCCGUCAUCAGAAACUCCUUCCUCAACUUCAGAACGCGAACUUACGAUAUGAUACAGUAUUAUCAGAACCAAAUACCUUAUUAGACAGGUAACUUUAUUAUUAUGUUGACUUAAACUUGGUUUUAAGGUAAAGAACUAACCAUGGUUCUAAGUUGUGUUGGUUUUCCGUAGAGAAUUACGUCUGUUAUUUAUUUAAAAUGUGAGUUAACACGAAGUCGGGUUGUUGGGUACGCUUAGCAACAAAAGUUUAACACUGUCAAGUUUUUUGAAAAAGUGUCCAUAAAAGUCAAGAUCGACCCUUAUAUACCUUAAUCCCCCCCAUAGAUCAGUCCAUUAUGUAACAAAAUAAAAGGAAAAAGUGACGCCUAAACAAUAGUUAAACAUUACAUUUUCUAUGUUACUAAAAACACUAAAAGUUUGUGGAACUGAUUUGUCUUACAUUUUUGUUGAUGUCUAUACACGAGGUGACAGCAGUUUUUCAUAGCUGAAGACUUGAAUCUACAAUAAACCUAUGCUUAUAGGAUUGUUUGAUAGUUGCGCAGAUAAUAACUGUCGAGUAUCGAAGACACCUGUCGUAGCAUGUAUGAACGAGAUAAAACUAAGAACAAAAGAUAUUCACGUUUAAAAACCCAUCAUAAGUCACUCUUCUAGGCGUAUACGUGUUGUGGAAUAUUUAAGUGUGGUCUCAAAUAUUUUAAAGUUGUUUGUAUACCCUAUAAUGAACGAUAAUGUUUUCUGAUAAUGUUAAUAAAUAAAUGAUAUAUGUUCCUCCUUUAAGCAACUCCCAGAAUAAUAUAAACCAAAAUUUCAGUACCAAUCUAAAAAAUUUGUAUAACAACAUUUUCAGUGUCCCAAAAUGUAAGAUUUUACUUAUCGUUAUUAAAAGAGGAUAUUAAUAUAAAGAUAUUCUGAAUUAUUAAAUAAUAUCAAAUAUUAUAUUUCACUUUUCAUAAAUAUUGUAUAGUGUAUACUCUCCCCUUCGUAAAGUGCCUCACGCAUAUGACACUAAUCGUCUGCAAUAUACAAUUGUAUAGAACGAUACAUAAUAAUUCCCACCCCAAUAUAUCCCUAAGCCGAUCACUCACAUUCGCAAAACUAAACGAUACUACAACCAACAAGAACGAUAUUCUUAAAGUAUAUUUCUCGAGGUUUCACAGACAUACCCAGGACUAUCCGUGCAGUCAAUUCUUCUAUAAAUGAUUGCAGAAUCUUCAGUCAGGCGGUAUGCGUCUAAGUUUCACAAACGAUUGUAAAAUUUCGUCAAAUGUUUCAAGAAAGUCAGAUUAACAACAAAAUCAUCAACAAGUAUGUUACUAGGAUGAGAACAUACAUCUAUCUUCUAAUAUAUAAAAUUCCCAUGUCACGAUGUUACUUACCGUACUCCUCCGAAACGGAUCGACCGAUUCU